GAAAAAGUAAGGUUACAAUGGGUGGUAAGCACAAGAAAAAGCUAAGGGAGGAAAAAUCGAAGGUAAAGCUCAAAAAGAGCGAGAAAACAAAGUUCCUACCCAAAGGAAAGAACGUCACGGACGUAUCCUUCAAAAUAAAGCCCAUAGUUCUGCCUGAGCAGCUUCGACAAAAACAGCAAGAUGUGCCGUUGAGCAAAAAGCACUUGGACGUGAAAGAUUUGGUGCAGAGGAUGAGGCAUUACAACGAAAAUGUGAGGCACAGCGCCUGCGAAGAAACAGCGGACAUGAUAAAGUAUUUUCAUGAAGAUAUUGUAAACAACCACUUAGCUGUUGUUAUCAAGACUGUUACAACUUUAAUACAGGAUAAAAUAGCCAAAGUGAGGCAGUCGGCUGUUAAAGUUGUUGAUAAGUUGUUGGAACAUUGUACUCAUGGCAAAGUAGAGCCAUUCUUUGACUUUUUAUCGGUAAACUUGCGUUGCGCAAUGACCAACAUAAACAAGACCAUACAAGAGGACUCCUUAAUGCUAUUGGACGCCCUAUUAAAACACGUUCCAAAUUUAAUUGCAAAAAAUCCGGAAAAAAUUCUGUCGGAUUUUUUCACGCUAAUUUCAAAGUUGAGGAACGACUCGCAAAUCGGUAGGACUUUGACCGUAAAUUUGGGAAGUCAGCUCACAAGUGUGAAAUGGAGGUUGAAGGUUUUGAGUAGAUUGUACAGGAUUUUAAAGGCUAUAAUAGAAGAUAAGGGCAUCAAAAGUUACAAUAAUAGUACCAUUUAUGAAGAAAAUGACAACAUUGUCUUGUACAAAGACGCAUUUUCUGAAAAAUUAAAUUUGUGUGAUGUCAGUUUUUUUGAAAACAAUAUUACUGAAGAAUCUGAAACAAGUAAAUCUUUUAUUUUGAAUAAACAUAUUGUUACUUUGAUACCUUUGUUAUAUGAAACCUGGGUUGAAGUGAUACCAUCUAAUGGAUUCAAAACAGAAAACACAAUUUUAAAUGAAGAAUCCUCAGCAAUGUUGGCAUGUGUUAUGAAAAUAUUAUAUUUACUAUGGGAAUAUACAAGACUUAACCAUGACAAUAAUAAUAUUAAUAUGAAUUCAGUUUUCCUGUCAAAUGAAGGUAAAAAAUUCCUGACACAUUUGGUGGGAAAUUUCCCAUACAGUCAGGGUGAAAAAAUGAAGAUGAAGGAGAAAAACAAAACAAAAAGUAUUUUAAAUCUCCUCGACGGCAACGAAGACCCUAAAUGUGUAGAACAAAAUUUACUAAUUUGUUACAUUUAUUCAGUGUUGCACAUAAAAAAAAAUCACAAGGACCCUAAAAUACUUCAAAUUAUGUCAUAUGUGACAAGAUGUCUUUUAUCAAAUAAUUCCUUUAUAAAUUCUCACAACAUAAAAUUCUUGAUACUGAUUUUGAAAUCGAUUCUUGUGGAAAACACGAAAAAUUGGCAAAAACAAAACGUGGAAGUUGAGACUAUUUUGGAAAAUACCAUCACCUUCUACAAUAAUUCGAGGUUAGGGGAAAAUUCAAAGAUGGAGGUUUUCAGUAUUUUAAUUGACGUUUCAGACAAUGAGUUGUUAAAAAGCCUACCCAAAUAUGACGCUUGGGUGUGCGACACUGUAAACAGUUUCCUGGAAAAAGAAAUUUCUGCAAGGAAAAUAAAUUUACUGUUUACUUUGAUCAAAAGAGAUAACAGCGUUUUUAAGGAAAGUUUUUCGAAAAAGAUAACGCUGAUUUUGGAAAAUAUACCUUUCAUAAAAAUAACGGAUAACCCCGAUGAGAAUUUGGUGAAAAAAGAAAUAAUAAAAAUUAUUUAUUACUUACCUUUAAAUAGGGAAAAUUUGAAAGAUAUUUCAAAUUUCCUGGACAAAUUUAAUGACGGUGAAAUUUCAAACUACUUAAGGUUGACUUUAAAUUUAAAAGGCAUUGUUUUGUAAAAUUGUUUUUAUUUAAAAUAAAUACGUUAUUUUUAAAAAUAUAUAAGGUUUUUUAUUAUCACUGUACACUUAAUUAAAAAAAUACGGUUACAUACAGCAACAACCAAAAUUUGUGUUUAUUGCCAAAACGUUGCCAUACCUGGCCACCAUACCGCCCUGAGUUAUGUUCACCAUAGUAAAAUAUGCGUCAUGCCAUGGACAGUCCAGACUGGCAAAUACCCUUAAAAAAAUACUGUUGUUGGGUUGCAUACUUAAAGUGUCUACUUACCUGAAUAAAAAAUUAAAAACCCUUGUUAAAGUUUCGAUUUUUCUUUCCAACGCUAGUUUUUUAAAAUGUUCCGCUAUCAUUUCGGUAUCACUUUUAUCCGGGACAGUUUCCCUUUCGAUCCAAUGCUUUAUUAUUGGUCGAAUUUCCUCCCAAGUUAGUUUACUGAACGGGGAAUAAUCUUCU